AUGGUUUAUCUUAGUGUUAGUAAGAACCCAAAUAUAAGGCUUAUUAAGGCAAAUUUAGAUGCUAUCCGCAACACCAGCUAUAUUUCAAAAAAGUGUAAUAAGUAUAUUAGUUCUACCUGCAUAUACAAACAGGCCUACAACACUCUUAUGAGUCUGAAGGAUCAGCUAUGCAAAAAUAAUGCUGAGAUUGAAAGGUUCAACUUGUUUAUAAAUAUACUAUCAUCUUUUCUAUGA